AUAAAAACAUUGAUGGUGGAUAAUUUAGCCCAGCGUUGAGAGUUCCGGGGAGAAUAAAGGAUUUUAAAGUCUUCUCGCACUUCAGUGUGAAUCCAGAGGCAUGGCUCGACCACGGCCGCGGGAAUACAAGGCAGGAGAUGUGGUUUUCGCUAAGAUGAAGGGAUACCCGCACUGGCCAGCGAGGAUUGAUGAGCUUCCAGAGGGAGCUGUCAAACCACCUGCCAACAAGUAUCCCAUCUUCUUCUUUGGGACCCAUGAAACUGCAUUUUUAGGCACCAAGGAUCUUCUGCCGUACAAGGAGUAUAAGGACAAAUUUGGCAAGUCCAACAAGAGGAAAGGCUUCAAUGAGGGCCUGUGGGAGAUCGAGAACAACCCCAGAGUCAAGUUCACAGGCUAUCAGGCCAUCCAGCAACAGAAUUCAUCUGAGACAGAAGAGGGGGGGAACACUGCUGAUGGCAGCAGUGAGGGCGAGGAGGGUGACUCUGUUGAGGAGGAAGAUGACAAGGAAAAGCUGCAGGAAGAUAAGACAGGAUCCAAACAGAAAAAAACAGCCCCCUCCCAGAAGUCCUCCAAGCUGUCAAGGAUCUCAUCUGCAGAGGAUGACCUGCAGAAGGACAGGAAAGAUGAAGACCAGAAGAGCGGCUCAGAGGGAGAAGACCCUGACAACGACAUCAUCCAAAAUACCACCGACAGUAAGAAUGUGCUGCUCAUAGAAGAACAUUAAGAAGGAAAGCAUGAAAGGGAAAUCAUUCUUUGUAGCUGUAAUGUUGGAAAGGUGAACCAACAACAUGAUUUCUCAUCAGCACCAUCUACUGACUGCCAUUGCCACCUCCUCUUCUUUGUUGGAUUUAGUAUGUGUUUAUAUGAAAGAUAAUCCCUGAUACUGGUACCAGUUGUCACACAGAUACCAGUCAAACUGGGAAGUCAUUGAAGUAACUGGGGACAACUUCUUCUAACGUAAAAUUCAACAGAAUAAAAACAGAAAAUGCCUCCAUACUGCUCCUGUGAUGUCCAUAGGCCCACAUUCAAAUUUUAAUGUAGGUGGUUCACAAGGACUUGGACCACAGGAGCAGUAUGGCAGCUUUUUCUGUUUUUGUUUUAUGUUUGAAGAAGUAGUCAGUAGUUACUUCAAUGGUAUUGGAAAUGGCUGCAACGCUGUUUACCACUGAAAAUCCCAAAGUGUUUUGUGGACUUGAACACUUCACCCACCCCUCCAUUCGCAAAGUGGUGAGAAGAUAAUGAUUGAAUUUUCAUUUUUCGGUGAACGAUCCCUUUUAGGGCCAUUUACAUUAUCAUAACAUCCAAUGCUAAACUAUUUAGCUUUUUUGGUGAAACAUUAAAUAAUUGUGAUGAUGAUGAUACACAGCAUCAACAAGGCUCAUUCACAAUUUCUUCUUUUGUAUAGGGUUUCAACUUCUAAGCGAUUAGAUCUCUCACCACAAAAUAUGCCUGUAUAAGUGCUAGCUGCUUUUUCGUUAUUAAUUUUUCAUUACAUUACAUUACAUUACAUGUCAUUUAGCUGACGCUUUUAUCCAAAGCGACUUACAUUUUUUAGAACACUCAUCAUUUUAUGAGGGGCCAUCUAGGGGUUCAGUAUCUUGCCAAGGACACUUAGGCAUGCAGAUGGGAUAGAGUGGGAUUCGAACCGGCAACCUUCUUGUUGCAGAGCACCCGCUCUAUCCCUUAGGCCACGCUCUCCCCUUGAACACUUCAUAACAGCAUUAUAGCUAAAAUCAUCCGGAAGUUGUUCAUACAGUCAUGAUGCACCACCCUAAAGGACAGGUCAGUCUACUGUUUUAUAUAAUUUUUUUUAAUCACAGAAACAAAUCAUUCCUAUAAUUAAAAAAUGUUUCCCACCCCUAUGGCUCAGUGUGUAUAAUUUAGUGACAUCUAGUGGUGAAGUUGCAUGUUGCAGCUGAAUACCCCUCACCUCACCCUCCCCUUCCAAACAUGAGAAAGAACCUGUGGGAGCCUUCAAACUCAAAAGGCGUUUAUUUAGUCUAAUUUGGGCUACUGUAAAAAACAUGGUGGCCUCCAUAGAGAGGACCAAUCCAAUGUAAAUAUUAAUAAGUUAAAUAUAAAGGGCCUAUUCUAGUGUAAAGAGAACAAAAAUUUGUACAAUUUAGAUUAAACAAACUAGUGAAAACAACACUAGGAUUAUUUAUUUUCAAUUUCUGCCAAUGGAUCCUUUUCAACAAAAACAUACACACUGAACCUAGGAUUACUUGAAAUGUGUAUUAGCAAAAAUUGGAUGGUAUGCUAACCUAUGUCAAUAAAUACUGACGGUUACACAGCUCUGAUAGCUUAAGACUAAUACAAUGUUUGUUGAUUUAGAAAAAUCUCCUUAUUAACCUUAAUUUAAAAUUAUAACAUUGUGGUAAUGCAGUUAUUUUUCUUGCUUAAUUAAAGUCAAUAAAUCUCCAACAUUCACUAACUAGAUGUGAGCUAUUUUAACCUAAUUUCUUUCACAGCUCUGUCAGUCCUUACCUGAUUUAGUUCUAUGGAAACGGAAAAAAAGAUAACUUGAUUAUUUAUUACUGUGAUUCAUAUAGAAAAUUGACUUAUAUCUAAACAGAAGGUCAACUUGAAAGUAGUUUGUGAGGUCUGUGUCACAGAAAACAACACAUUAAUUGCGCAUAUUAAUUCUGUAUAUGAGAUAUUAUAAUAGCAUAAUGAAUCUGCAUGUCAUAUGUAGGUCUGAUAUAAGGAGGUUGAGGUUGUUCAUCUUCUUUCCAUUACUCCAUUAAAUCACACAAUGUAGAUAGCCAUCAGUCAAUAUUUAUACUGGUGCAUACCUGUCUGUAUUGUAUCCCUAAUGGUCAGCUGUCACUGUCUACAAAAGCAUUUGGUAAGACUUCCAUAUAUAAAUAUAUGGAAAUAUAUGCAUCUACUGUCUAUGAUAUAUGUUGGGAAUUGCGGUUUACUGAUCAAUCUAGAUGUAGCUGGAAAUAGAUUUUUUACAUCAGUGUCAUGGGAUAGACUUCUGAAAUAGUAAAUAAUGGUUAAACAUUAUCUAUCACACUAUGCUACUCUUUUAUGUACCCAGGAAAAUAUGAAUGGAAAUACAUGGAUAGAUGUAUGAAUUGUUGUGCACAACUGGGUUACACAUUGUAACUCAAUAUUAACUAUAUAUGUAUAUUUAACUUUUGUUGUAGAAUAUAGGCCCACUAUUCUCCUGGGACUGCGCUUGGUAACAGCUCAUCUUUUUAAGGAGAAGUGACACAUCUGUUCUUCUGUGUAUCUGUGGAAUAGAUUACUGUAUAUUUCAAAGCUUUUGUAGUGGCAUGCUCUGCUGUUGUACUCCACAUCAUUCUUUUAUGAACGUGUCUAAAUCUGAUAUUUGUUAGUAUGUGAUCUGUUGCCUUGUCUCAGUUUUUAAAGCUGACAGCUGACAACUGAACCACAGUUGUGAAAAUGAUUUUUCUAUCCCAAACAUUGUGAACAACAUGCUGUGUGAUACUGCAUUGUGUAGUUGCCAAGCCUCUUAGAUUGAUGACACCAGUCUACUUUGACUUUCACCCUGUGCCAGUGGCCUUUAUUUUACUCCAACUAUUUCGAUGAGAUAUAGAUUUAUUUAUUUUUGAUGACUGUUGAAUGAGAAAACUUCUGUAUGUAAACUCAUGUUUUUUAUUCCCUUUAAACCUUUGUUAUGCCUCUUUUUAGGAACAUGUUUUACAUUUUCAACGUUUGUAAUUUGCAGUAAACUGGUUUGCUGUUUAUGGAGGAGACUUUUUACAAAAUAAACUAAUUGGAAUGCCAAGAAAGGCUGUAAUGCUCAUCACACACUAUACAACUAAAUUGUUGCAUGGAUUCAAAUGGAAAUAUAAUGCCACUUUGGCAACAAAUGUACUAAGAUUUCCCUAUGGGUGGUGCCAAAGAGAAAAACUGUAGACCCUUAACAUUACCAUGCUAAUUGCUACCAUGUUCCCAAUUAACAUGGUAACAUUAGCAUGCUAGCUGAUAUCUUUCAUGACAACCCACCACAUUACAUCACAUGUCAUUUAGCUGAUGGUUUAUCCAAAGCGACAAGUAGCAUCCAUUAGGGCCAUUUUUGGGGGGGGUUCAGCAUCUUGCCCAAGGACACUUUGGCAUGGGCUGGGAUUCAAGAUGCCAACCUUCAGGUUGGAGAACAACCGCUCUACCCCCUCAGCCACAGCCUCCACAUAACAGCACUAUAGGUAUUAACCCUCCUCAUAACCAUUACUAUGGACUACAGCUUGUUUUUGAAGAUGGAUGGAAUAUGUCACAUGUUGUAUAUCACAUUUAGCACAUUACUGAUAUUACACAAUGUAUAUUAGUCAGGAUAACAUCAUUCAUAAAGUAUGAUAUACUGUCCACUCACUAUAUUAAGAACACCAUACUUGAAGUGGGUAGUUCCUCCCUUUACUUUGGAAUUCACUGAGCGCUGGAAACUCGCCUCUGAGAUUGUGCUCCAUUUUGACAUUGUUGUGUAACCCUCUGGGUAAACCAGUUGUUACCAAAACACUUAUUUAUAGUAUUAUUUAUAUUUCCUCCUUACUGAGAAUUCCUUUCAUUUAAUUAACAAUUCUGUUUCAUUUCUUCUGUAUUUAAUUUAUUAUUAUAAAGUAAUUUCCUUUUUGCUCAGGAAGUGUUUUACCUGUCAAGAAACUUGACAACAAGUGAGCCUAUUGGUUCAAAGUGAAAUAACUGCAUGUUAUUGGUGAAAGACGGUCUAAGUCCCGCCUCCUCACUCGAGUCAGAGAGGUGCAGUCGAGUGUGGAGACAGACGGAGCCUGAUGAGAAGUGGAGAAGUUGGAAUAACGGAGCGAUAUUACUGCUACUGGUACUCGAUAUAAUAGUUUGAGGGAAUAGUUUGAGCCCAUAAGAAGUUUAUCAACUACUGAGAGGACCUGGAGAGCAGCUUAGAGCACCGUUUAUUCUUUUCUUUUCCCGGCUGGGUUUUCUGGAUACCCUUGAACUUUGAGUUGGAUUGGAAUCUCUCCCUGACGAGGGAGAUGGCGAGCCACCCGUGUUGAGCACCUGGAUUGAGGAGCGCUUCUAGCAUUCAUCUACCUUGCUGUCAGUGUGGUAGGACUGUGGGGAAGAACCUCAAAGGACAGUUGAAUCUAGCAGAACAUCCUAUUUUUUGAGGAUUACUUUUAUUUUCUGGGUGCACCCAUUUCAAAAGACAUUUCUAAUUUUACUAAACUGAAUGCCGGCAAUGUUGUAAAUAUUUUGUGUGUUAAUACAAUUGUUUUGAUUUAAACUUAA